AUGAGCGACGCGAUCCCGGGGCCCAGCAGUCUCUCCUCUUCGGUUGUGUACGCCUCCUUUCUCCCCUUCUGGAUCACCUCGUGCUGCUCCACGUCGCCAUACGACAAAGGGAUCAUGCUCUACCUGCUUUACCUGAGCAAGGAGGAGCUGCAGAAGUUCAAGCAGCUGCUGGUGAGGCGGGAGUUCAGCCUCUCUGCCCACCCCGCCUGGGAGCAGCUGGAGGCGGCCAGCUGGGCGGAGCUGGUUCACUUCCUCACCCAGUACUUCCCUGGCCGACAAGCUUGGGAUGUGACCCACAACAUCUUUGCCAAGAUGAACCAGCAGAACAUGUGUUUUCUGGUCCAGAAGGAGCUGAAUGCCUUGCUGCCUAUGUUGGAAUCAAAUGAAGAAGUACUACUGAAGUUGGAGAAAGAAGAAGUGGGGUCCUCAGACUGGGAUUCCAGAGAGAGCCCAAAUUACGUAGGUGUGAAACAUCGUGUAAGGAAACGAGAAGGGAGGAAGCAGAGGGUCCAGGCCAUCUCGGUCUGCCUGUGGUGGUCAGCUCGCGCCAUCAGAGCCCCCGUGGUGGUCAGCUCGCACCAUCAGAGCCCCCAUGGUGAUCAGCUCGCGCCAUCAGAGCCCCCAUGGCGGUCAGCUCGCGCCAUCAGAGCCCCCGUGGCGGUCAGCUCGCGCCGUCAGAGCCCCCGUGGCGAUCAACUACGAGAGUAUAAGCUGCGUGUGUUGCGGAAGUUUUUCCCCGAGUGGGACCGUAUUACUUGGCCUGGGAACUGUGUGGACUUCUUUUACCAAGAAGUGCACAAGCACAAGACGUUCCUACCCUGUCUGUUCCUACCCAGAAAACCCCAGGGGCGACCAGCCAAGACGAUCAUCAUCGACGGCGCUCCUGGCAUUGGGAAGACAACCCUGGCCAGAAAGCUGAUGGUGGCGUGGGCGAGGAAUCAGUUCUACGCCCACAAGGGCUGGUUCGUGUUCUACUUCCAGUGCCAAGAAGUGACUAGGGUGGGAGAGCAGAGCUGCUCCGAGCUGAUUGAGCGCCAGUGGCCGGGAUGCCAGGCUCUCGUGUCGAAGAUUUUGUCUAAGCCAGACCAGCUUCUGUUCCUCUUCGACGGUUUCGAGAAACUCUCCCGGCCCCUCUUCGUGAGACAGCGCGAGCUGAGCGCCGACUGGAGCCGCAAGCUGCCCGGGACCGUUCUCCUGAGCAGCUUGCUAAGCAAGACGAUGCUGCCCGAGGCCAGCGUGCUGCUGACCAUGCGGAUGAACUCGUGGUGGGUGGUGAGGCCCCUGCUGAAGAGCCCCUUUUUUGUCACCCUCCGAGGGUUUACCAUGAUGGAAAAAAUCCAGUACCUGCGGACGUAUUUCGGAAACACGGAGGAGGGCGAGCGCGCGGUGGACUUUGCCAGGAGGAACACCAUCCUCUUCUCCCUGUGCCGGGUCCCCGCGCUUUGCUGGAUGGUCGGCUCCUGUCUUAGACAGCAGAUGCAGGCCGGAGUGGACCUGGCCGAGGCCUGUCCCAACGCCACAGCCGUGGUCGCCCUGUACAUCUCCAGCUUGUUCCCUUUCAGAGCGGAGCCCCUCCCCGGCAGGACUCACCUGGAGCACCUGGAGGGGCUGUGUCACCUGGCUUCCCUGGGCAUGUGGAGCAUGAAGUGGGUGUUCGGGAAGGAGGAUCUGGAGGAAGCCAAGGUGGACGAGUUGGACGUCUCCAGUUUUCUCGGCGCGGACAUCCUCCAGGAAGUGGGAGGCGAAGAGCCCCGGUACACCUUUGCCUUCGCGAUUUUCCAGGAGUUUCUCGCGGCUCUGUUCCACGUCCUCUAUUUCCCAGGGCGGCCCACGCCCUUCCACUUGCUGGGCCACGGAGACAUCCAGUACCUGAUCGCAAGUCCCGGAGGCAGCAGAAGCCACCUGGCUCACAUGGGGAUGUUCUUGUUUGGCCUUUUCAACGUCUCGUGCGCCGCCAUGGUGAGGCGGGUGUUCCGCUGCGAGCUGUCCUGGGGAAACAAGAGGAAGGUGUUGCAGACCAUGUCCUUGCUGCUUGAAGGUGACCUGCCUGCUCUGUGCUGUGGGGUCCCGCAGCUGUUCUACUGCCUGACUGAGGUCCGGGAGGAGGACUUCGUCAGCCAGGCCCUCUCGGGCUACCGUAAAGCUGUUCUGAAGAUGCAAAGCAAUAAGGACGUUCAACUCUCCGCGUUCUGCCUCAAGCGCUGUCGACGCUUGCAGGAGAUGGAGCUGACGCUCAUGGUGAAUUUCUCACAGGUGUGGUGGCCGGGCCCCGGGGACUCGCUCCACGCGGCCGAGAUACAGGAGAGUGACAUGCAGUACCAGUGGUGGCAAGACAUCUGCUCCGUGCUCACCACCAACGAGGGCCUGGCGGUCCUGACCCUGACCAAGAGCAUCUUGGAGGCCCCGCUAGUGAAGGUGCUGGCGGCUGCGCUGAGACACCCGCAGUGCAAACUCCAGAAGCUCUCGUUGAGACACUUGGGCCCCAGCGUGCUGCACAAGGACUUGUUCUGCGUGUUGGUAGAAAACCAGCGUCUGAGUUCCUUGGAAAUACAGUACACGGAAGUGGGCACAGAGGCCAUGAGGGACCUCUGUGCAGCCCUGAGACACCCCCAGUGUGCUCUGCAGUGCCUGAGGCUGGAAUACUGCAUGGCUGCCCCUGAAGAUUGGAUUGACCUUGCCAAGGGUCUACAAAAUGACAUCCGCCUGGGGUCUUUGCUGCUGAGAAGAAACCCCCUGGAGUCAUUCAUGGCGAAUUAUGUGUCAGCGAGUCGACUGGAACGGCUGUCGCUGGAGACUUGUAACCUCACAGGGCUUGCCUGCGAACGUCUCGCCUCCUCUCUCCAGCAAAGCAAGAUGCUGACGCACCUGAGCUUGGCAGAUAACCCCUUGGGGGAUGAAGGGGUGAAGCCUAUUUGGAAGGCCCUAGGACAACUAGCGUGUCCUCUGCAGAGGCUGGUGCUGAGAAAGUGCGCUCUGACCUCUGCCUGCUGCCCGGACGUGGUCUCCGUCCUCUCUCAAAGUCAAACCCUGAGGAGCCUGGACCUCAGCUUCAACAGCCUGAUGGACAAGGGGGUCACCCUGCUCUGCGAGGCCCUGAAGAACCCUGACUGCAGCUUGCAGGUCCUGGAGCUGGAGCAAUGCCUGUUCUCCUCGGUCUGCUGCUCGGCCAUGUCCUCCGUGUUCCUCAGCAACCCCAGCCUGCGGUACCUGGACUUGAGCAAGAACAACAUCGGCCUCCUGGGCAUACUCACCCUGGUCGGGGGCUUCCCGAGCCACAGGCAGAGAGAAGAGGUCCUCCUGGAGAGGAAAGCGAAAGAGGACGUGGGGAUGCUGGCGCGGCUGAGCGGCCCCACGGUGCAGAGCAACUACCUGAAGAUAGUGCAGGACUGGAACUCCUAG